AUGUCCGAACAGCAGUAUGUUGUGAUUUACGAAAAAGAAAAAGAGAGGAGAGAAAAUCGGAGCUCUGAAUGCUUAAGACUUGAGAACGAAAGAAAGAAAAGUGAAUUUCGGUGUCCUGGGGGGAGUUUAUAUACUCCAGAGGAGGGGAACAGUCCCCUCGAUUCUCCAUCCGGCGCCAUCAUUAUGGCGCGGCUCCCCAUGAAAUCCUGCCCGUCCAUCCCAUUUGAGCGGGAAGGAUCAAUUGUCGUUGGAUCUAGGGCGGUUGUGAAGAAGAAGAUUCUGGAAGAUGGGCUCGCUUGUUGGGCCUACAAUUUCUUUGUGUCAAGCCCAAUCCGGCUUUGCUGUAUUGGGCUUGACAGGGGCAUUUGUUGGGGGUCAAUCCUGACCCAUCCGGGCCGGCCCCAACUUGCCAUCCGACUUGGGCUCAUCUUACAAGCCCAAGUCGUCCAUUUAUUUGAUUCCUUUGGGCCCAACCGGUUCACAAGGAAUUAA